AAAGCAGCGAAAUUAUGUAUGAAGAGGAAAAAUAAGAACGCAGAGCAGACUCGGUGUGAAAGGAAAUAAAAAAGAAAAAAAGGAAAACAGAAAACAGAAAACAGAAAACAGAGAGAGAGAGAGAGAGAGGGAGGGUGGGAUUGCUUUCAUCCAAACAAUAAACAGAGCAAUAUUCCCUUUCCUGUCUUUCUUUCCUUCGUUCUUUCAUAUCCCAUUAUUUCUUUCAUUUUUUCCCUUUCAUUUUUUCCUUUUUUUUUUGUAAAACAAAAUAUAACACCCAAAGGAACAAAAAUGUCGAUCAAUAUGAAAACUCUGACCCAAGCCUUCGCCAAAACAGCUGCCGUCAUCGAGAAAACCGUACACACAACCGUGCAAUCAGCCGUACAAGAGGUUACAGGAUCCAGGGCUCUUCAAGAUUACGAGCUUCUCCACCAGAUAGGUUCCGCCGGUCCUGGCCUUGCAUGGAAGUUGUAUUCUGCCAAGGCGCGUGAGGGGACGCAUCGCCAUCAGUAUCCCACAGUUUGUGUGUGGGUUUUGGACAAGAAGGCGAUGUCUAAGGCGCGAGCGUGCGCGGGGUUGUCUAAGGCGGUGGAGGAUUCGUUUUUUAAUUUGAUACGGGCGGAUGCGGUGAGGUUGGUGAGGCUGAGGCAUCCCGGAGUGGUCCAUGUUGUACAGGCUUUGGAUGAGAAUAAGAAUGCCAUGGCUAUGGUUACGGAACCUUUGUUUGCAUCGGUGGCUAAUGCGCUUGGGAAUGUUGAUAAUGUUGCCAAGGUUCCUAAGGAACUCAAAGAGAUCGAAAUGGGUUUGGUGGAGGUCAAGCAUGGUUUGCUUCAGGUUGCAGAAUGCUUGAAUUUUCUUCAUAACAAUGCACGUAUUGUUCAUCGGGCUAUAUUACCUGAGAAUGUCCUGAUGACGUCAAGUGGAGCCUGGAAAUUUGGUGGGUUUGGUUUUGCUACCUCAACAGAUAAAGCCUCUGGUGAUUGUGCUAAUGUGCAGGCCUUCCAUUAUGGCGAAUAUGAUACUGAAGAUUCUGUGAUGCCUCUUCAGCCAUCAUUGAAUUACACUGCACCUGAACUGGUUCGUAGUAAAGCAUCUUCAGCUGGAUGUUCUUCUGACAUUUUCAGUUUUGGAUGCCUUGCCUACCAUUUAAUUGCUCGAAAGCCUUUGUUUGCCUGCCACAACAAUGUCAAAACGUAUAUGAAUACGUUGACAUACUUACCCAAUGAAGCCUUCUCCUCUAUUCCACAAGAAGUAAUCCAUGACUUACAGAGGAUGCUUUCUGCAAAUGAAUCUGUCAGGCCAUCAGCACUGGAUUUUACUGGUUCUCCUUUUUUCCGGGAUGACACUAGGUUGCGUGCUCUUCUCUUCCUUGACCACUUGCUUGAAAAGGAUAGCAUGCAGAAAUCUGAGUUUUUAAAAGCUUUAUCUGACAUGUGGAAAGAUUUUGACUCCCGUGUGUUGCGAUAUAAGGUACUUCCACCUCUUUGUGCAGAACUAAGGAAUUUGGUUAUGCAGCCAUUGAUUUUGCCGAUGGUUCUCAUGAUUGCAGAGUCACAGGAUAAAAAUGAUUUCAAGUUAGUUACUUCACCAGUUCUUAUGCCUGUUCUGAGCAAUGCUGCAGGAGAGGCCAUGUUGUUGCUGUUGAAGAACGCAGAGCUUAUUAUCAACAAGACAAGUUCGGAGCACCUAGAAUCCCAUUUACUUCCCAUGUUUGUUCGAGCUUAUGAUGACAGUGAUUCUCGUAUACAAGAGGAAGUUUUGAGAAAAUCUGCAUUCCUUGCCAAGCAACUUGAUCUGCAGCUUGUGAAACAAGCCAUUCUGCCUCGUAUUCAUGGCUUAGCUCUUAAAACAACAGUUGCCGCGGUUAGAGUCAAUGCUUUGCUAUGCUUGGGAGAUUUAGUUCACACACUUGAUAAAGGUUCUGUCCAGGAUGUCUUGCAAACUAUUCAACAAUGUACAGCUGUUGAUCGUUCUGCCCCUACUCUUUUGUGCACCCUGGGGGUUUCAAACUCAGUGCUCAAGAAGUAUGGAGUUGAGUUCACCGCAGAGCAUGUCCUCCCUUUACUCACACCUCUUCUCACUGCCCAACAGUUGAAUGUUCAGCAGUUUACCAAAUAUAUGCUCUUUGUCAAAGAUGUUCUCAGAAAGAUAGAAGAAAAGCGGGGUGUUAUUUCAACUGAUUCUGGAACUCCAGAUGUAAAACAUGCUGUCACUGCCAAUGGGCUUCAGUCUCAAGUGUUGAGCAAUGCAAGUGGAACUGUGGCUCCGGCAAAAAGCAGCCCAGCGUGGGAUGAAGCCUGGGGAGCUGCCACUGCCACUGCCACUGCCCACCAGCCUUCAAAAGCCAACUUAUCUAUUCACUCUACUUUGGGGUAUAAAUCAAGUGAACCAACACCUUGGCAAUCUCAUUCUCCCAUUAUGUCCACUAUAUCUAGCCAGCAAAUGCAUGCUUCUUGCCCUGCGGUUGACACCGAGUGGCCUCCUGCUUCAUCAAGCAAUGGAACAUCAUCCCCAUCAAAUUUCGAUGAUUUAGAUCCUUUUGCAAACUGGCCUCCACGACCCAGUGCCUUGAACAGUUCUGGGACCUUGAACAAUGGCACAACCAUGGGACAGGCCACUAACAAGUCUGGAUCCAGUUCCAUCACAAGUAUCCCAAACGACAUGAACUAUCACACUGACAACAGCAAUUGGUCCUUCACCAACAACCAAAACUCAGGGCAGAUAUCACAUCCUAAUCACAGAAAUCCCACGAUAAAUGCAACAAUCCCAGACAAUGGGAAUCUCCAGAGCUCUAUGGGAUUCUUGAAACAGAACCAGUGGAUUUCAGUUCCGGUCCGUUUGUACAAUAAUCAGAAACCAGCAGAUUUUGGUUCUACAUUUGGUUCUAGCAAGUCAGCUCCAAGACUUGCACCGCCACCCUCAACCGCGGUCGGUAGAGGAGCAAAUUCAGCCUCAAGGGCUACUCAUGCCACACCUACAUCCCAACAGCCUUCUCUUUUGGAUUUAUUUCGAUAGGUGGGGGAUUUGGUGUUGUUAAAGCAAACACAAAAAAGUCAAUUCUUUUGAAUGUGGUUUACAUAUGGCUAAAAUCCCACGUUGUACAGCAGACCUUUGCCCCUGAAACUAAAUUUAUCCAUCAUUGUUCAUGCCAUUGUUUUGUAGUUGUUAUGGGCUUGUUUGAAUAGGGGGCACCCAUUUUGUUAUAAUUUGUUUGCGUGUUAACUCUAUUAUUUCUUGAUA